AUGAUUUGGGCCCUACUGUGCAUCUCCGCUUUGGCAUUGUCGGCGGUGGGCACUGCACUGCUCGUCUUCAAGUUGUAUCGCGACUGGGACGUCCGUGCUUCCAGCGUCCAGUGGCUCUUUGCCAUCUUCUUCACGUACCAGUGCAUCGGUGCAGCAGCAAGGUUAAUCUACUUCGUCUGGCUCACAGUAUACACAACGCAAACAGCAGAUAAGAGCGACGACAUCGGAGGAAAAGCUUUGGUCGCAACGGAGCUGUAUCAACUAGGAACCAGCGCCGUCUUGAAGCUGGGGUACAGACAAAGUGACUGGGUUACCGCCGCCAUUAUCAUCGGCGACACGACCCACUUCGGCAUCGCUAUUUGGUUAUUUCUACUGGUUUACGAACUCUCAAAACUCGUCGCGGUCUCAAUGGACAGAGGAGAUCAACACGAGCGAGCCAAGAUCCGUCUGUACGCUUGGGUCGGUCACUUAUUCAUUAUGCUUUUCCUGGCUGCUGAGAUAACUCUAGCUAUCACUUUAAACGGCUACUCGCGCUACGCGUACAUCAUGAUAUUGAGCGUCUACGUUUUACAGAUCAUUGCGCUAGUUUACAUGAUCGCUACCGUGGUGGUUCUCAAAGCCAAAGGCCGUGAUUACGAGAAUGUACACGGAAGCUUUGUGGCUUCUCCACUGUACCGUCGACUCAAAUGGAUCAUGAUGAUCUACGCGUUGUUCGUCUUCCAGUUCCACUUCUCAUCUGUUGUCAUGUACGCCGCUCCAAGCAAGACAAUGCGAAUCACAAGUUUCGCUGGAGUAUCUUUCGUGCUGUAUUAUCUACGUGGAUUUGCUCUUUCUAUCGUCACUGGUUGCAGUCAACCAUGCGUCGUACGAAGCGUACGCUGCUGUCUACCUGACGAUAUCAAGGCAAGAUACAUGCAACAUCGAGACCGCGUCACGAUUCCUGGUGACUCGGAUAUACCCUACAUUAACCCAGUGUUCGUAUUUACCGACAUCGAGUCUUCAAGUGCGCUGUGGGGCAUUGACGACGGUCGUGUGAUGCAGGAAGCUACUCGAAUUCACGAUGAUAUUCUUCGAGGAUUAUUGGCUCCGUACCGCGGAUACGAGAUUACUACGGCCGGAGAUUCCUUCCAACUAGCGUUCCAUACAAUCCAAGAGGCUGUCGAGUAUUGUCUGGACGUCCAGCUGCACCUACUCAACGCGAAAUGGCCAAAACAUCUCGACGGACUGGUACCAGCAACCCGUAAAGUUCGGGCCAGCACUAGGAUGAUAUUUCGUGGACUCCGGAUACGUAUGGGGGUCCAUGACGCAGUGAGCUCGGAAGGACCGCUUGUCCGAGAUGUGCAUGCAGUUACCGGGAAGUUGACUUAUACCGGAGCUUCAGAAGUUAUUGCUAAUGAGGUUGGAGACUUGGGGACUGGAGGACAGAUCCUAGUCACCAAACGCAUUGCCGAGUGGCUCGUAGAGAAUCCAACGCAGCUUACGAUCAAAUUUGUGGUUGGACCUGUGGGUGAGUACGCCAUCCCGAGGCUGCACACGACGGUGGAGCUUUUUCAAGUCGUGCCGAAGUCACUUGCAGCGAGGUUGGAGAACUUUUAUCCCCAGCAUAUUGUAGAUAUCGAAGGAGAGGAUUUGCGACUUGGAGAUGAGAUUCAGACGCCCUACAUGCUCAUCCAGACACCAAUUGGAGACCGAAGUGCACUGUACGAUAUUAGUGAGGAACAUUCUUGUUGA